CGGCCUUAUCGAUACAUCGGUGUGUUUCUUAUAUCGCUGAGGAUAUCAACUUUUAAGAAAUGUAAAAAAUGUAAAUUGCAACAUAUAAAUUAACUGUAAAUAGCCAAAGGCAACGUGCAUACAAUACGGAUAUCAGUGUAAAUGCUGUGCGCGCCAAUAAAUUGGGAACGCAACAAGAAGAGCCGCAACAAUAACAACAACAAAACCAACGACAAACAGACACACAUCGUUGUCGUUUGUAGUCGUCGUCGCUGUCGUUUGUAGUCGUAGUCGUACACCAAUUGCAAUUGCAACAAUUCGAUGAACAACUUUACAUUCAUAUCCAACAAACAACAACAACAGCAGCCGCAGCAGCAGCAACAACAACAACAGCAAAAGGCAAGCAAUAAAAACAGAAGAGCAAGAAGAAGCAACAAAAAUUAUUAUAUCGCGUUGUUGUGGUGGUGCAGAAUAUGGAACAGGAUUCCACAACUGAGCUGCAUUUGAGCAGAAUACGUGAAGUGAAAGAUUUGGCCGCAUUAACCGACGACGUGCGUGAUGUUGUGAAAGAAGAGGUCAUAUUAGAGAAUCACCAUCAUCAUCAGUUGGAUACGAAAGUUCGCAUGGUCACAUCCUCCUCAAACGAUAAUAGCGGUAGCGGCGGCGGAGGCGGCGCUGGUGGAGCAGGAGGCGGCGGCAGUGCUGGUGGAGGAGGUGGCAACGGCGGUGGCGGUGUUGUAUCAGUGCCCGUUUCCCUGCCAAUUGGUUCAAUGAUAACUGGUACGGCCUUUAAUGUGAUUACGCCCGAUCAGCUGCCGCACUUUAAGCCGAUGCUGUGCGUCGACAACAAUGGUUACCUGUCCAGCGGUGCGGUCAGCAUGGGCGGUGACCUUAAAACGAUUGUCAUCCAGCAGCAACAAACACAACAGCAACAGAGCGGCAACAACAAUGCUGGGAACACAAAUACCACCGCCACAAAUACCAUUGGACUGAAUCACGAUGGCUCUGGUAGCAAUAAUAGCCAUGAUAGCAUGGGUACGCUUGACCAAACGGCCGGCGGUGGUGGCGGCGGUGGCAACGGUGUCGGCGGCGGCGUUGGCGGCAACACAUCGGGCUCCACGGGCUGGGCGGAAACCACAUCGAGCACCCAGCACAUGGAGGUCUUCCAGAUACGCUGUAAAACCACCUGCGCCGAAUUGUAUCGCAGCAAACUAGGAUCGGGCGGUCGUGGCCGGUGCGUCAAGUACAAGGAUAAAUGGCAUACGCCCAGCGAAUUUGAGCAUGUGUGUGGUCGCGGCUCGAGCAAGGAUUGGAAACGUUCCAUCAAAUAUGGCGGCAAAUCGCUGCAGUCCCUCAUCGAUGAGGGCACGUUAACGCCGCACGCAACCAACUGCAGUUGCACAGUCUGCUGUGACGACGAAGCAGGUGAGUCAGCCUCCGGCCCUGUACGUCUAUUUACGCCGUAUAAGCGACGAAAGCGAAAUCAAACGGAUCUCGAUGUGGAACCGGGACCCAAACGUAAACGCAAUACGCAUAGCAACAAUAAUAAUAAUAACAAUAAUAGCAACACCAAUAACAACAACACCAGCGGCAGCAGCAUUAACAACAACAAUGUGGACCCGACGCAAGCGGCCGCCGCCAGUGUCGUCGAUGAGAACAAUAUGUUUCUUGCCGAGGACAAUAUCACGUCCAAGGAUGAACCAUGGGCGGCGCUCAAUGACAGCUUAGACACCUCCACCGAAUUGGUUGACCAAACGCAAAUGGGCAAUCCGUAUGAGCGUGAAACGUUUGUCGUAAAUAUUAACGAUACCGGCUCCAUUGCCGUCCUGGACAGCAGUCAAUCGAUGAAGAACAUUGAGCAUGUCUAUUGCACCAUGGUCAAAGCGACUGGCGAUUUUAAGCGACUGCUCAAUGAGAUGAAACAGAACUACGAGCGACGCAUCGAAGUGCUGCAAAAGGAGCGCGAUGCGGCGGUCAGUGCGAUGCGUGUCCAGGUCCACACAGACAUUGAUGAUCCCAACAUAUCGGGCUCAUUGCAUGGUAACGAGAUCAUCUCAGCCAAGAAGUGCGCCAACUGUAAUCGGGAAGCGUUGGCCGAGUGCUCGCUGUGUCGAAAGACGCCGUAUUGCUCGGAGUUCUGCCAGCGUAAGGAUUGGAAUGCUCAUCAAGUGGAGUGCGCAAGGAAUCCACAAACGACAACGCAACAGGUCAUGUUAUUGAUCGAUGAUCAGUCCUAAGCAACGUAACGAAUUGUACAUACAAAUUUUACUACUAAUUAAAUAUAUGAUUAUGCAAGGCUCCACCCCUCCAAAUCCAAAUUCCAAUUCGCCCUUUGACCCACAAAAAAACCAAACCCUACAGAAUAGCUAGUUCCUCCAAAUCAAAGUUAUCCCCUGUCCAACCAGAUCCUUAGAAUGCCUUUCCCCCAUUAGACUUAUGUCCUAUAAUAAUGUAAUUCUUAAACGUACAUAUUAACUACAUAAAUAUAUAUGUAUAUAUAUUUAUAUAUACAUUUUACUAUCGAUCGUAGAGCAAACAAAAAAAACAAAAACCUAAAAACCAAAAAAGGAAUAAGAAACCAAUAAUCAGAGAGUUUGUAGCAAGCGUAAAAAUCAAAGCAAGCAUCGACUUGACCUAGCAUAAAUGGAUAAAGUUUUAGCUACGAUUUGAUAGAAUGCAACAACCACAAAAGAUCCGAUGAAAAUCCGAGAAAGCAAAAACAAAAGAAAAAAAAAAACCAACCCAACAAAAGAAAACUUAACUUGUAAUUCAAUUUAAAUUAAAUUUAUAAAUAGUUGCAAAGCGCAUAGCAUUAUAACACAACACAACCGAAUGAAUCCCUCUCUCCUACGUCCCCUGUCCCCUGUCCCCAUCGUCCUGAUCCUUUUCCACAACACUUUCCUUACUGCUUGACAACUUUUUGCAUAAAAGAAACUAAACAAAAAAAAUACAAAAAAAUUCAAAAACAAAAUGAGAAAAGGAAAACCAAAAUGCGAGGGAUAUAAGCAGAGUUGAGUUAAGCAGAUUAAGCAGAAAUACAAUACAUAUUCGUCUAUGUAUACAUUUUUCAUUAGACACUAAGCACAUAGUUAAACUUUUAACAUUUUACGAUUAUAAUUUCUAUAUGGAUCUACUGCCCGUCGUUACAAGCAUCCAAUAAAGAUUUCAAAAUAAUAAAAAACGAAACUAAAUACAACAACAAAAAUACAAAAACGAUGUGAAGAGAACCACACACAUACAUACAAACACACAUAGAAACGUAUAUUUAUUUAUAAAUAAUUGACAAACAAUUUCUGUGUAUGUGUGUGUGUGCAUUUUAAGUGUCGUUUUACACCAAUUUUCCACAAUAUUUUCCAUUGUAAAGUUCUUUGUCGUCGUCCCCCCAUUCGGAUCCUAUUCCUCCUUCUCCCCCGUCUCCACCUUAAGCAGCUGUAACAAUUUCUAGUAGUCUGUAGUCCAUAUGCAAAUACAUUCAUAUAUAUAUACCUAUGUAUGUAGUAUAUAUCUCUAUAUACACGUAUAUAUAUCUUUAAACUAGCUAUAUAUUCCGGUUCACACACAGAUACAACAACAAACAGGACACACACACAUACAGACCACAGACACACAAACAAUCACAUCCACUCAAAAAAGUAAAUCGAGAAAAUCGCUUACAGUGCAGAAGAUUAUUUCGAAUUUGAAAUCUUUGUUCUCAGAUGUCUGUAACGCUAUCGGAAGAAUAAUAAAUACACCGACACACCACACAACAACAAACACCUCUAUACACACACACACACACACACACACACACACACACACACACAGCAGACAG